GCAUGCUCUCGUGACGGGCGCCAAUGCAGCGCAGUCGGAGAAUAAAAUGCGCCGAUCUCGAUCUCGAGCGCAUAUAAAGCCGACGCAGCAUCCAAGAUUGACUUCUUUCGAUCCGUGGCGAUCGUAGAGUGCGUGAAAGAUCUUGCGAUUUUAUCGUUCUCGUUGGAGCAGCGCAGCAUUGCACAGCGCGAAACUCGCUGAAUUUCGAGCUUUGAAUUCGGGUUCUCGUAUAUAGAAGUAGCCGAAAAUAAUAGGAAGGAGGAGAAUGACGACCAUCACCUUGUUGAAAAACGGCGCGGUGAACAACAAAAAGAUGAAGCUGGCCAACGGCAAAGUCGAGUCCGAGGAGCACGAGGAGCACCAGUAUCUAAACCUCAUCAAAAAGAUAUUGAAGAAGGGGAUAGUGAAAGACGACCGCACCGGCGUCGGCACCCAUUCAGUAUUCGGUACUCAGAUGCGCUUCAGCCUGAGAGACGGCCAAUUUCCGCUUCUGACGACCAAGAGAGUAUUUUGGCGCGCCGUCGCCGAGGAGCUGCUCUGGUUCAUCCGUGGCUCGACCAACGCCAACGAGCUCUCCGCCAAAGGUAUUAAAAUUUGGGACGCCAACGCGUCUCGCGAGUUUCUCGAUUCGCUCGGCUUCCGGGAUCGCGAGGUCGGCGACUUGGGCCCGGUUUACGGCUUCCAGUGGAGGCACUUUGGGGCCAAGUACGUGGACAUGCACACGGAUUACACCGGCCAAGGUUUCGAUCAACUGGCCGACGUGAUCGACAAAGUGAAAAAUAAUCCCGACGACAGACGCAUCAUCAUGAGCGCCUGGAAUCCGGUCGACAUCCCGAAGAUGGCCCUGCCGCCCUGCCACUCGCUGGCCCAGUUUUACGUCUGCAACGGCGAGCUCUCCUGUCACUUGUACCAGAGGGCCGGCGACAUGGGUCUGGGGGUGCCCUUCAACAUUGCCUCCUACUCGCUGCUCACCUGCAUGAUAGCGCACGUGGCCAAGCUCAAGCCCGGCGACUUUGUUCACACGAUGGGUGACGCUCACGUCUACCGCAACCACGUGGAGGCUGUCAAGGAGCAAAUCAAGCGCGAGCCCAAGCCCUUCCCCAAGUUCAGGAUAGUGCGCGAGGUCAAUGAUAUCGACGACUUUAAAUUUUCCGAUUUCGAAAUCACAAAUUACAAUUGUCAUCCUAAACUCCCCAUGCCAAUGGCUGUGUAAACUCGUUUAUUUGGUCUUGCUGCUCGCGAUCGUCCGACUAACAGGCAACUUGGCUCGACCUUUUCACCUAAUCAUCAUUUCGAAUGAUUACAUUUUUUCCUUUUUCUGCGUAUGCAAUCAUACGCUUAGCAUAUAUGUAUAGGUAAUAAUAUUACUAUAAAUGUAUACAUUACGAAUUUACGAUAAGUGUAAAUACUUCAUAAUCUGAACCAUACGAUUGUAUAGAUAUUAAUUAGCACAUUUGUAUUUAAUAUAUUAACAUUUUUGCAUGUUAAACCUGUCGAAAAUAAAGAUUAUUUUUUUAAUAUA